AUGCCGGAGGACGGGUACCAGUGGAAGAAGUACGGCCAGAAGUUCAUCAAGAACAUCCAGAAAAUCAGGAGCUACUUCCGGUGCCGCGACAGGCGGUGCGGCGCCAAGAAGAAGGUGGAGUGGCAGCCGGGCGACCCCAGCGUCCGCGUCGUCUACGACGGCGCGCACCUGCACGGCUCCCCGUCGUCAUCCAACGGCGGCGGCGGCGGCCAGGACGGCGCCGCCAACCGGUACGAUCUCAGCACCCAGUACUUCGGCGGCGCGGCUCCCACGCCGCAGACGCGGUGA